UCUUAUAGAUUCUACUCUCUACCUUCUUACUUUAAGUAUGUCUGGACGAGGCAAAACCGGCGGAAAGGCCAGAGCUAAGGCCAAGACCAGGUCUUCACGUGCUGGGCUGCAGUUUCCAGUGGGUCGUGUCCACAGACUGCUUCGCAAAGGCAACUAUGGCGAGCGUAUCGGUGCCGGUGCCCCCGUCUACCUCGCUGCCGUGCUGGAGUAUCUGACCGCUGAGAUUCUGGAGUUGGCCGGAAAUGCAGCCCGCGACAACAAGAAGACUAGAAUAAUCCCUCGCCACUUGCAGCUCGCCGUACGUAAUGAUGAAGAACUCAAUAAACUCCUUGGAGGAGUGACCAUCGCUCAAGGCGGCGUCUUGCCGAAUAUCCAGGCAGUUCUGCUGCCCAAGAAGACCGAGAAGCCUGCCAAGAAGUAAGACUGAACACCGGAAGGACCCAAAAACGGCUCUUUUAAGAGCCACACACUUUUCCUCUAAAGAGAACGAUCAUCCUAUGAACAACAUUAAACCACAAAAUUCGACUGCUGUAAUACAAAAUACAUUGUUGCUCAGGCAGACGCCAUACAAGAUAGGGAAGUCUCUGGUUUCCCGGAGAGAACUUUGCAUUGACAGUGACGUCACUAUAUUGAAUUACCCCUUGAACAAAUUUUGUUCCUUUACAUCUCGCUAGCCUACUAAAAUAGCAAUUUAUUCCCCUUAUCUGGUUGCACAACAGCUAGGAUAAACAAACACAAAGACGAUGAACACACUCAAAUAGAACCAUGUAACAAUGCAGUUAUUCUUGUAUAUCUUGUAUGCUAAAUGAAGGCACAGCACUGAUGACGUCACAACAACAGUCCUCUCUCACGUCCGCAGUGAUGUCAGUGAAAGACGAGCUACGGAAGUGUUGUUUUGUAAGCUAGUUAAAAAUGCCUGAAAGAGGCAAGGGAGUCAGCGGUUUGGGGAAAGGAGGUGCCAAGUAUCAGCAUUAGCAUGUCCUAAAGCACCCAAACUGGUCCACAUCAAC